UUGACAAAAAGGUAAAUAUGAAAAUUAUCUUCCUCUUUUCAAAUAAUUUCAAAAUUUUUAAGAGAGUUCUACUCGUUGAUCCGGAAAAAGUUCGAAAACAACAUAUUGCGACAAAAUCGGCAACAUGAGCGGAAAUUUGAAUUUGACGGGUCAUUUGGUCCUACAUCAUUGCAGGUAGACAUUUUUCAAAGAUCCUAGAUUGAUUAGAUUUUUAAUUAGGAAGAUGUUCAUGAAACCACAACUGGUCCGAUCAUUGAUUCAGUGAUAAAUGGAUAUAAUGCGACUGUUUUUGCGUAUGGACCAACUGGAUCAGGAAAAACUUAUACAAUGAUUGGAACUAAGGAUCGACCCGGUUUGAUGACUUUGAUGACAAAAACACUCUAUGAAAAAUUGGAUAGUCAAUACCAAGUUCUAUUAUCUUAUAUGGAAAUAUAUAACGAGGUUAUAAGAGAUCUUCUCGAUCCAAAUGUUAGAGAUCUUGAUUUACUAGAAGAUGAAAAUGGAAAUAUUCGAGUUCCUGGAUUAUCAUCAGUUAGAGCUCCAAAUUUAUCACGGGUUGGUUUUAUUUACUGCUAGUAUCUGUGGAAAUUUUUUAAAUAGUUUUGAACUUGCCUCUUUUCCGCAAGUUCAGAAGCAGCAGCAGCACAUAAAUUCCCAUUUUCAGAUAAUGCAAAUUCUGCAAGAAGGCAAUCUACGACGCACUCAAGAAGCAACAAUGGCAAAUAAGACGAGCUCAAGAAGUCACGCAUUGCUUCAGGCAAGGAUUUUCUUUUUGGUCACGCCCUUGAACGACGUUCACGGUCCAAAUCCACCGUGGAAAAAUAGAAAAAGAACAAAGUUCACAAGAUUUUUGAUUUUUUGAACUGUCACUACACAGUAAAUUAAAAUUAUUUUCAGGUUAUGAUUGUCAAAAAUAAUAGUCUACACAGUAAAUUAUUCAUGAUUGAUUUGGCUGGUUCGGAAAGAGCAUCAAAUACACAUAAUCGAGGGAUUCGAUUGAAAGAAGGUGCUGCGAUUAAUCGAUCGUUGCUUGCAUUGGGAAAUGUUAUCAAUAGUUUGGCUUCGAGUAAUUUGUUUUUUUUUUCGAAAAAUAAUAGUUUCUGAUGGUUUUUCAGAAACUACAAAAUACGUGAAUUACCGAGAUAGCAAAUUGACAAGAUUGUUGAAAGAUUCAUUGGGUGGAACUGCUAGAACUUGUAUGAUUGCUCAUGUUACACCAUCAAGUUUGAAUUUUGAGGAGACUUAUAACACAUUGAUGUAUGCGUCAAGAGCUAUGAAUAUAACAAAUAAGGUAGGCUUGAUCGAGUUUCGAAAAAAAAAAAGUUUCAAUUUUACAGAUAUCAAGAAAUCGGCCAGCUUCAGCAGAUCAAGUAUAUGAUGAAACGAUGGCUAAAAUCCGCAAAGAACUAGGAAGCCGAAUGAAAAACUCAUCAUCAGUCACUGCUUGUGAGUUACUCCACUACCCACCUUCUUUUUAUAAUUCUACUCGCCUCAAACCAACUUUUCUCUUUACAGUAUCAAUAAAAAGCACGGAGCCCAAAAAUGGCAAUGGAAUUCUACGAACUCGACCCAAAUCAAUGUCUCGAAAUAGUAGUUUAAAUCGAAGUUCGACUCAAAUCGAAAAGAAAGGUGUUAGUCUUUUCAGUCAAUUGAAAGAGCAAUUUAUGACGUUGAAUGACAAACAGAAGAGAUUACGGUUUGUUUGAUCUUUUUUCUAAAAAAAAUUAGACGGAAUAAUUCAGAGAGAAGUUAAUGCAAGUGAAUCAAGAGGCAUAUUCAAUUGAGAUGUCAAUGAUUUCAAAAAACGCAAUAAUUUCUGCUUGGGAAAAACAUAAUCAGAAUAAACAAGCUGAAAGUAUCGAGAGGUUGAAACAGGAUGGAGAGCAAUUGGUAAGAGAAUUAAAAAAAAGGGUUUUGGUUUUAUUUAUUAAAAUGCAGAUCUCUUCCGAGUUUCGAGAAGAAUUUCAUACCUCAAAAAAGUGUUCUCUUUUAAAACUCAACAGUAGAAAUUCACUUUGAAAUUUUCAGAAAUUGAGAUUGGUCGACCUCUCCGAAUCAAGAACAAAAGUGGAAAAAGCGCUCAAAAAAGGAGAUGAGACAGCAAUUUCAUUGGAAAACCGAAUGAGAUCUCUAGCAUCUUCAACCGAGCAAAAAGAAAUGGUUAAAUUGAUGGUGAAGAUGGCGGAAAUUGAAGCUCAGAGUGAGUGGUAGCGGCGGCCAAAAUUGGAUUUUUCGAUUGUUUAUUUGUUUUUUUUCUUCCAGAAAUUUCCGCGUUGAGCGAUUUGGCAAUAAAAGGGAUUAUCAUGGAUAGAACCGAUACAUCUAUUGCGAAAUUGCAGAAAUAUGAAUUGAUUGCUGAUAAAUUAAUUGAUGGGAAUCUGGAUGAAGAAGAUCGGAAGAAAUUAGAAGAAGAGUAUCGAGUUAUCAAAAAUCAAUUUCAUUAUCAUUUGUUGCCAUUGAAAAAUAUUCAGUCAACAGUUUCAUGGAAUUCGUUAUUACUUCCAAGGAUCAAUAAUAACAAUAAUGACGAAAAAAUGCUUCCAACAAUUCGUAAAAAACGAGACUCGGUGGUCUUACCAAUUAUCGCUAAUGGAAGGGAGAAAUUCGCUACAACUGAUUCAAAUGAGGGUAUGUUUUUUUUUCCAUUUUUUUUAAUUCAAUUUUUAUAAUUCAAUUUCAAACAUUUACAGAAGACAACCGAGCACAAAGCGAUCGUUUGCCAAGUAUUUGA